AUGAAGGUUUGGCUGCUGCUUGGUCUUCUGCUGGUGCACGAAGCGCUAGAGGAUGUUACUGGCCAACCUCCUCCCAAGAACAAGCGUCCGAAGGAGCCAGGAGAGAACAGAAUCAAGCCUGCCAACAAAAAGGUGAAACCCAAGAUUCCUAAAAUAAAAGACAGGGACUCAGCUGACUCAACACCAAAGACACCAUCUAUAAUGAUACAAAUGUUGGAUAAAGGUCGCUUCCAGAAACCUGCCGCUACCCUGAGUCUGACAGCAGGGCAAACUCUAGAGCUUCGAUGUAAAGGAAAUAGAAUUGGAUGGAGCUAUCCUGCAUAUCUCGACACCUUUAAGGAUUCCCGCCUCAGUGUGAAGCAGCAGGAGCGCUAUAGCCAGCUGACCCUGGUCAACUCCACCGCGGCCGACACGGGCGAGUUCAGCUGCUGGGGGCAGCUCUGCAAUGGCUAUAUCUGCAGGAGGGACGAGGCCAAAACGGGCUCCACCUACAUCUUUUUUACAGAGAAAGGAGAACUCUUUGUACCUUCUCCCAGUUACUUUGAUGUUGUCUACUUGAACCCGGACAGACAGGCUGUGGUUCCCUGUCGAGUGACGGUCCUGUCAGCCAAAGUCACCCUCCACAGGGAGUUCCCGGCCAAAGAAAUCCCAGCCAAUGGAACGGACAUUGUUUACGACGUGAAGAGAGGUUUUGUGUAUCUGCAUCCUCAUUCUGACCACCAGGGGGUGGUCUAUUGCAAGGCAGAGGCUGGGGGCAAGUCUCAGAUCUCUGUCAAGUACCAACUGCUCUAUGUAGAAGUUCCCAGCGGCCCUCCCUCAACAACCAUCUUGGCGUCCUCAAACAAAGUAAAAGGUGGGGAUGACAUCAGUGUCCUCUGCACUGUCCUAGGGGAGCCUGAUGUUGAGGUGGAAUUCAGGUGGAUCUACCCAGGACAGAAGGAUGAAAGGCCUGUGAGGAUCCAAGACACAUGGAGGCUGAUCCACAGAGGACUGGCACACACCACAAGAAUCUCCCAGAGCAUCAUGACAGUUGAAGACUUUGAGACCACUGAUGCAGGAUAUUACAUUUGCACUGCUCAGAAUCUCCAAGGACAGACUACAGUCGCUACCACUGUUGAGUUUUCCUGACUUGGAAAAUGCAGUCUAAUGAACUGAUAGAAAGCCCAUUUGUGUACACAACCAGCUUUGGGGUUCUUUCGACUAGUGCUUUGCCAGAGGCUGAUGUCAGCGCCAAACCCCAACCUCUGCUUUGUAAGUUAGACCCAGACAACCCAACUAAAAGGAAGUCAUCCGGUCUAAUAACAGACGUGUUAAUUCUUCUAACAGAAAGCAUGUAUUUCAAUUGCUUACCCACGUAUA